AUGGGUAUCUACACGUUUACCUGGGGAACCUCCUUUUGGUGGAUAAGGGGUAAUAUCCUAAACAUUCACUACCAAGGCAAUGCGACUCCAAACCAGCGCGCUUAUGUCAGCGGCCUUUCCAGCGGCUUGACUGGCGCUAUUGUCGCUAAACUUUGCGGAGGCCGAGUCGUUCCAUCGAUCGUGGUUUUUUCGCUACUAGGCUAUCUCGGGCAAGGCUCGUACAAUAUGAUCGACGCAUGGCAGAUGAAACAUGCAAAUAGCCCAUCUAAGCCAAUCAUGCAGCGAAUAGCUGACUCUAAAUGGAUGCCCCUCAAGUCUCUUUCCGAUGAUGAUUAUCGGGACAUGCUGAAUGAAAAACUGCUGAGCAUCGAGGCAGAAAUGGCCAUCAUCGAUGAGAAGAUCGAAGAACUUGAAAAAGCAAAAUCCAAUAAUGACCCAGGAUCAGCGUUUCCCAAAUCUACUUAA